AAGUGUCCGGACUGGAAGGGGGUGAAAGUGUCCGGACUGGAAGGGGGUGAAAGUGUCCGGACUGAAAGGGGGGGAAAGUGUCCGGACUGGAAGGGGGUGAAAGUGUCCGGA